AUGUUCAACAAAAUGAAGCACGCCUCCUUCUUGGGGGCUCUUGGCCUGUGUACGGUUCUGUCUGUCGCAAGCCCGGUGGAAUUGCAAGCGAGAGCAGCAGUGCCGGAGGUUAACCUCGCCACCAAGGGCGUGGGACCUUUUGCCCAGUAUCGAAUUGUUGCCUUGACCUAUCUAGGCGACAACGUCAUUCUCGCAGCCUACGAUGGCCGCCCCGAUGGUGGAGACUCCCCAUCUCCAAACUCAAUCCUGCAGCGCCGCAGUACAGACAAUGGCGCGACCUGGAGCGAGCCCACCUACAUUGCCCAAGGCCAAAUCAAGAGUUCCACGGCUCUCCAGUACGGCUUUAGCGACCCGAGCUAUGUCUACGACCAGAAGACUGGAAAGGUGUUCAACUUCCACGUGUUUUCAAAAGACCAGGGCUUCCGCGGUGGGGUCCUUGGCAAUGAUGACACCAAUCGCAAUGUUAUCAGUUCUGAGGUCUCGGUCUCAACCGAUAAGGGACUUAGCUGGUCUACGGAUCCUUCAAAUCAGCCUAAUCUUCCCCCGGUUGCCGCUAGCACCGUUGGUGCCCCACCACUCCUCACCAAGGCAGUUAAGCCUAUCGGUAGUACCGUGAAUGGAGUCGCCAAUGUGGGCGGUGUUAAAGCUAUGUUUGCCGCAUCUGGGGAAGGGAUCCAGCUCCGGUAUGGAUCUAAGGCUGGGCGCCUGGUACAGCAAUUUACAGGAAGUGUCGUUCAAUCCGAUGGUUCGAUUGUCAACCAAGCCUACAGCGUCUACAGCGAUAAUGGAGGUGAUACGUGGCAGAUGGGUAAGCCUAUUGGUAAUGGCAUGGAUGAAAAUAAGGUUGUUGAGCUGUCGAACGGUACCUUGCUGCUGAACUCGCGCCCCGGUGAUGGAAGUCAACACCGAAUCAUUGCGCUCUCUAAUGAUGGUGGCGAGACUUACGGGACCCCCCGCAGCGAGACUCAGCUCCCAGAUCCUGCGAAUAAUGGUGCUAUUACUCGGGUCUAUCCCGAUGCUGCCGAGGGCUCUGCCGAGGCUAAGGUCCUGCUUUUCACCAACGCCAACAGCAAGACCUCUCGCGUGAAUGGAACCAUUCGUUACUCUUGUGAUGAUGGAAAUACUUGGUCGUCUGGCAAAGUAUUCAGAUCCGCUGCCACGUCGUACUCCACAAUCACUGCUAUCGGUGAUGGUAAAUUUGGACUGUUCUUCGAGGCUGCGAACAACGAUCUGCAGUUCGUUGCUCUGACCAAAGAUUGGAUUGGCAUUUCUUGCUAA